AUGUCAUCUCACCGAUCCCACCACCCUGAUAAUACGAAAACAUGGCUACCUUUCCAAUUUGAGGUCGCACCCAGCGACCCCUAUGAAAGCAAACAAAAAAUCAUGAUUCAAAUACAAAGAAAUGUUCAAAACUUGGGGAGAGAGCCUCUAAUUCCCGUUUUCAUGUUUAAGUAUGGACUAUGGAGUAUGGACUGGAGCUACGUGCAAUGCGUCUACGUAGUCCGAGUAGCCAAAAGUGGAUAUUCAGGAAGUGAACUGGACAGAUCGAGGGUACCAAAGCAGCACCAUACCAACAGUCCAGCAGGGAAACUGUAUAACAUUAUAGGUGGGCAAUGCUUAUCAGAUAAAACCAUGUAUGUUUUUCACUCUUCCUCUUACGACGUCAGCAUGAAUCAUUGUGUAACAGCAUUCGAAACUGGACGUUUAAUGUGCGGUGUUUCGAUGCUAGUUGAUCAAUUGACGUUCACGUUCUCGUUCAAUUAA